AUGGCCGACCCGACCAACUCGCCGCCGUCGCAACCGGCGAGCCCGCUCCCCUCGACCCCGUCGUCUCCCCACACUGGCACUGCCCGGUCCGUGUCCUUCACCAACCGCGACCACAGCCCAGACUCGACCCGCACCGCCUCGCCCGAACCCCUCGCCACACCGACCCUCGCUCAGUCGUACGGCCAGCUGCGCAAGUCGCUCUCGCUGUCCAACCUCGCUCAGCUCGACCGCGAGGGCGUCCGCAACCUCUCGACCCACAUCUACCGCCGCGGGUCCCGCAUAGACCGCAGGCAGUACCGCCCAAAGGACGACGACGAGGUCCUCGCUCACGCUCUGCGCGGCGGCAUCCGCUCGCUCAUCCUCGGCUCGUCCUUGCGAGCUGCCGUCAACUUUGCCAUCCUCGUCCUGCGCCUCACCCGCAAGCGGGGCCUCUCGUCCAAGUUGAUCCUCCAUGCCCUGUUCGGCACCGACGUCAUCCGCUUUGGCAGCAUGCUCGGCCUCUUCACCUUCCUCUACAAGUGGACCCUGCACACGCUCCGCCUGUACAACCCGGGCGCCCGUGGGCCCUCGCACUUUGAGCCCUGGCACGCCGCCAUCGCCGGCCUCGUGUCGGGCCUCGCCGUCGUCGCCGAAAAGCCCUCGCGCCGCGUCACGAUCGGCCAGCAGCUGUUCGUGCGCGGCCUCCAGGGGCGGUACAACGACCUCAAGGCGCGCGACAAGAUCCGCGUCAAGAACGUCAGCGUCAUCGUGUUUGGCCUGUCGUGCGCCCAGAUCAUGUACGCGUGGCUCAUGGCGCCCGAAGCGCUCCCGUCGGGCUACCGGCGCUGGAUCACCCAGGCGAGCCGUGUCUCUGAACCCUGCUUGCCCGUCAACCUGUCGGCGUACCGCACGGGCACGUUCGACCCGGACACGGCGCGCAAGGCGCUCACGUGGGGCCGGGGCGCGACGGCGCUCAGCGCGGCGCGCAUCGAGGCGUACGCGCACGCCGCCGAGCACGACGGCGAGUUUGGCCCGCCGUUCGCGCCGUGCGCCGUCGUGCACCCGUGGAUGGACAGCUGUACGUGGAACGGCGUCGAUAGGUGGCAGCACGUGUUCCGGUGGAUCGCGCCCGUCUACGCCGGCUUGCACUUUGUCCCGCCGCUCCUUUUCCGCAGCAAGGCCUGGAUGAAGCGCCCGUCGACCUUCCUCCUCAAGUCCCUCCUCGGCACGCUCCGCUCGUGCUCGUUCCUCGCCUCGUUCGUCACCCUCUUCCAAGGCCUCGUCUGCCUUCAGCGGCACAUCUACCUCUCGCCGCGAGUCCCGCCCUGGAUCCGCCAGCUCGUCGUCCACAAGGCGUGGUACUGGUUCGCCGGCCUGUCGACCGGCCUGCCGCUCUUCAUCGAGGAGAAGAAGCGCCGCCGCGAGCUCGCUAUGUACGUCUUGCCGAGGGGCCUCGAGAGCGUGUGGAGCGUCCUCAGGGCAAAGAGCUACGUGCCGUUCGUGCCCGGCGGCGAGGUCCUCUUGACGAGCCUCGGCCUCGCCAUGGUGAUGCAGAGCUACCAGAGCUCGCCUGAGCACCUCUCGGGCCUCAUGCGCAGCCUCCUGUACCAGAGCGUCUCGCUGUCGUAG